ACCCGCGUAGAGGGCAGGUCUUCUGUUAGUGAAUUUGACCUAACGCCUGAUGUAUCUUUGUUGACUGUGAUUAUUGUUUCUUACAAUCUUGUUCAUGUCUGCAGGUUUUGAGUUGAGUACAGUGAUAUUUCAAGCAGACCAACCCAGAGAAUUCAGAAUUGUGUCUUUGCAAUAACUUCUAGCUAUGCCUAGGAACAUAAUGCAUGAGACAGUAAUGUAAUUUGUGAGAAAUGUCUACACACAAGCUUUCAUAUACCUUUAUUCUGUCUUUAGAAUUUGGAAUGAUUGGAGAUCAUACAAUAAAAAGUCAGCGACCUCGAUCUGUUCAUGAGAAAAGGGUCCCUCAGGAGCCCGCUGAUGCUGCUAAAUUUAUGGCACAAACUGGUGAAUCUGGCGUGGAGGACUGGUCCCCGUGGAGCCCGUGCUCUGUGACUUGCGGUCAAGGGUCGCAGGUGCGAACCAGAACUUGUGUCUCACCUUUCGGGACUCACUGCAGCGGUCCGUUAAGAGAGUCACGGGUUUGCAAUAACACUGCCCUCUGUCCAGUGCACGGCGUCUGGGAGGAGUGGUCGCCCUGGAGCCUGUGCUCCUUCACCUGCGGCCCGCGGCCAGCGCACCCGCACCCGCGCCUGCUCGCCGCCGCAGUACGGGGGCCGCCCCUGCGAGGGCCCCGAGACGCACCACAAGCCCUGCAAACAUCGCGCUCUGCCCCGCUCUCGCACAGAGCUUGCUGGACCUCCGCAUUUGCACAGAACUCCAUGUGGGUGCAUCCACUGCUCGCUUUCCUCGUGGUCUGGGACUCCAGUGAGAGUCCUGCUGGAGUGGACGGGCAGUGGCAGGAGUGGAGCGCCUGGAGCCAGUGCUCGGUCUCAUGCUCCAACGGGACGCAGCAGAGGAGCCGGCAGUGCACGGCGGCCGCCCACGGGGGCUCCGAGUGCCGAGGCCCCUGGGCCGAAAGCAGAGAGUGCUACAACCCCGAGUGCACAGCCAACGGCCAGUGGAACCCGUGGGCUCCCUGGAGCGGCUGCUCCAAGUCCUGCGACGGCGGCUGGGAGCGGAGGACCCGGACCUGCCAGGGCGCCGCGCUCACCGGGCAGCCGUGCGACGGCUCCGGGGAGGAAGUGAGGCCCUGCAGCCAGCAGAGGUGCCCCGCGCCUUAUGAGAUCUGCCCGGAGGACUCUCUGGUGUCCAUGGUGUGGAAGAGGACCCCCGCGGGCGACCUGGCAUUCAACCAGUGCCCACUGAACGCCACAGGCACCACGAGCCGCCGCUGCUCGCUGGGUCUUCACGGAGUGGCCGUCUGGGAGCCGCCCAGCUACGCGCGCUGCAUCUCCAACGACUACAGACUCCUGCAGCACUCGAUCAAAGAGCACCUGGCCAAGGGGCAGCGCACGCUGGCGGGCGACGGCAUGUCCCAGGUCACCAAGACGCUGCUGGACCUGACCCAGCGGAAGAACUUCUACGCCGGCGACCUCCUGAUGUCAGUGGAGAUCCUGAGGAACGUCACCGACACCUUCAAGAGGGCCAGCUACAUCCCCGCGUCCGACGGCGUCCAGAACUUCUUUCAAAUAGUUAGCAACCUUCUAGAUGAAGAAAACAAGGAAAAAUGGGAAGAUGCACAGCAGAUUUAUCCAGGCUCAAUAGAGUUGAUGCAGGUGAUUGAAGAUUUUAUACACGUUGUUGGCGUGGGGAUGAUGGACUUCCAGAAUUCAUACUUAAUGACAGGAAAUGUAGUGGCCAGCAUCCAGAAGCUCCCGGCAGCCUCUGUGCUGACAGACAUCAACUUCCCCAUGAAGGGACGGAAGGGAAUGGUGGACUGGGCCCGGAACUCCGAAGACAGGGUCGUGAUUCCCAAAAGUAUUUUCAGCCCCGUGUCAUCAAAAGGUGAGCCGGUUAUUAUUACCUUUAUGUGAGACCGUCGGAGCUUUGAAUGGGGUGUUUCUAACAGUAACGUGAGGAGGCAUAAAUCUCUGUACAGUGAACGUUACGUUUACAAUCAUGAUUCCAGCCUACUUUUGUAAAUAGAGACAGCUCAUACUGGGUUCAUAAACAUCCAGCUUCACUGAGGGGAGGAAAGUGGCCGUUAGGGUGAGAAAACCAUGACAAAAUGCAAACAUAUUUAC